AUGUCAAUGAAUCACAGUCUUAAAGUGUUCGCGUGGAAUGUGGGGGGAGCGGGAAGCCGUGCUUUCUGCCGGGCCUUGAAGCUAGCUAUUCAGACGCAUCGUCCGGACUUCGUGGUCCUGCUGGAGCCUCAAUUGAGUGGUGAAUCGGCCAACAAGGUGUGUGAUAAAUUGGGGUUCCCCAAUUCUUUCCGAGUGGAAGCCGAAGGCCGGUCAGGUGGGGUGUGGGUCUUUUGGGAUGGAGGUGUUUUCUCUGUGCAUCCUUUCUCUGCUUGUUCACAGCACCUGUCUUUGCAAGUGAACAGGGGGAACGAACCUCCGUGGAUGCUGACGGCGGUGUACGCCUCACCGCGGCAGAGGGACCAGCGGCUUCUGUGGGCAAGUCUGAUCUCGUACAGCAGACUCAUUGAUAUGCCUUGGUUGCUUACAGGGGAUUUUAACGCCAUCAGCAAACCUGAGGAGAAGUCAGGGCCUCCGGUGCGGAACACUUUGAAGAGAUGUCAGCUGUUCACUGAAAGACUGCAUUUGGCGGAGCUGGUCGAUUUGGGAUUCUCCGGGCCUAAAUUUACUUGGUCAAGAGGCGAUCAAAGCCACUCUUACAAAGCUAGCCGUUUGGACAGGAGCCUCUGUAAUCUCCGGUGGAACAUAUCAUACCCCAAUUCGACGGUGCUUCAUUUGCCGCGCUACCAAUCAGAUCAUAACCCGAUUAUGACCUCGGUGGAAGUGCAGACGAGACAGCAGCAUAUCCCAAGACAGUUCAGAUUCGAGGCGGCCUGGCUGACUAGUGACCGAUUGCCGCAGGCAGUAGCAGAUAGCUGGGAUGCGAAUGCCCCUCUUCAUAGUGCUCUUAAGGUGCUGGCGGACAAGCUCUUGGAAUGGAAUGAUGAGGUUUUUGGAGAUGUUAAUCGCAAGAAGCGUCGGUUGCUGGCCAGAAUUAAAGGGGUUGAAGCUUCUUUAGCAGGAGGGUUCUCCCCCGGCCUCGCUAAGCUUCACUCAAAGUUAUCCAGAGAGCUUGAUAUGGUUCUCGAGCAGGAAGAGCUCAUUUGGUACCAGCGUGCUAGGGACAAGUGGGUGAAGUAUGGGGAAAGGAACACGGCCUAUUUUCAUCAGCAGGUCAACAUCAGGAGACGGUUUAACAAGAUUGAAGCUUUGAUCGACGACAAUGGGCUUUGGGUGACCGAUCCUCAUUCUCUUGCUCUCCUUGUUUUUGAUUUCUUUACUAACAUUUAUAUGCAGGAUAGCUCCAUCUACGAGGAUAGGUUGCCAAAAGAAGCCUUUCCUCGGAUGUCGCAGGCGGAGGCAGCAGCCCUGUUUAGACCCUUCAGCAUUCAAGACAUCCACCAGGCAAUCUUCGACAUGAAGCCGUUCCAAGCCCCAGGUCCAGACGGGUUCCAAGCCGCGUUCUAUCAGCAGUUUUGGCAGGUAGUGGGGAAGGCUCUCUCCGCGAUGGCGGUCUCCUUCUUCACCACAGGCACCCUUCCUGAAGCGGUGACGGAGUCGACGCUUGUCCUCAUACCUAAAGUUGAUUCGCCUGAGAGAGUGACCCAGCUUCGGCCUAUUUCGCUUAAUAACGUGUGUCUAAAGAGCAUUACUAAGGCCAUUACUUCGAGGCUGAAACCUCUCAUGAGGAAGUUAGUGUCCCCGAGACAGAGCAGUUUCAUUCCCGGGAGACAAACGACGGACAACAUCAUUGUUGUUCAAGAGGUUUUACACAGCUUGAGGAAGAGGCGAGGAAAGAAAGGCGGCAUGGUUUUCAAAAUUGAUUUGGAAAAAGCAUAUGAUAUGCUGAGGUGGGAAUUCGUGCGGGAUACUUUGAAAGAGGUCGGGCUGCCGAGCAGCUGGAUCACUUGUAUCAUGUACUGCGUGGAGCACAACACCAUGAGAAUCCGGUGGAAUGGAGAACUGUCUCAGCCGAUCACCCCGACUCGUGGAGUUCGUCAGGGAGACCCUCUUUCCCCUUACCUCUUUGUUCUUUGUAUGGAAAGAUUAUCUCACAGGAUCGAUGAGGCGGUUAAUAGUGGGCAAUGGAAGCCGAUACGGUUAACUAAUGCCGGGCCGCCACUGACCCAUCUGUUUUUUGCAGAUGAUCUUUUAUUGUUUGCAGAGGCUGAAAGGAGGCAAAUCCGGGUCAUCAAGCAGUGCCUGGCGGAUUUCUGCUACAGCUCGGGUCAAAGGAUCAAUUUCAGCAAGUCUAUUCUUUAUGUUUCCCCGAACGUUGCUAGACAUAAAGCCGAGAACUUGAGUUCCUGUGCGGGGAUUCCUUUGAAAGCUGCUUUGGGGAGAUAUCUCGGUAUUCAGGCAAUUCAAGAAAGAGUCACCAGAGGGAGAUACCAGCCUCUUAUCCUGCGCAUUCAAAGAAAGAUGGCACCCUGGAAAGCGAAACGGUUAUCCUUUGCGGCUAGACUCACUGUCGCUAAGUCGGUAACCGCUUCUUUGCCUGUCUAUACGAUGCACACUGAAUUGAUUCCUAGUGGUGUGUGCAGGAACAUUGAUAAGAUCACUAGGGACUUCGUCUGGGGAGCUGAGGAGAAUCGCUCCAAAUUGCACCUGGUUGCUUGGGAGAGGUUGACUCUGGCGAAGGACCAAGGUGGGGUGGGCCUGCGUCCAACUCGCCAGGCUAACUUGGCUAUGUUGGCUAAGAGUGGCUGGCGUCUUCUUCAGGAGAAAGAUAACCUUUGGCGGCAACUCCUUCUCUCGAAGUACGGAGGCCAAAGGACAGGGCUCGAUGUUCUGCGGAAAAAACAGGGAAGUUCCUUCACCUGGAGCAGCUUCUCCAAAGCUGCGGAUCUCCUUAAGCAAGGCUGUGCGUGGAAUAUUAAAAAUGGAAGAAAGACUAAAUUCUGGUGUGACCCGUGGAUUUUGCAGGUACCCUUGAAGGAGGUCAUGACAGGAGACUUGCCAGGCGAGGCCGAUGAGGCGGUGGUAGCGGAUUUUGUUCGGGAUGAUGGGAGUUGGCGCACGGAGCUGAUCUCUAGUCUGCUUCCACCGGACAUCUGCGCCAAGAUCACUAGCACGGCCGUGGAUAAAACUUCUCAAGAGGAGGACGCGUUGUUCUGGUCUCCGUCUGCAGAUGGCCGCUUCACCACCAAAUCUGCGUAUGGACUUCUUAUGCCGCAGGAACAGCAACCUCGGGAAGGAAUUUGGAAGAAGAUCUGGCGCCUAGAGGUCCCAGAGCGGAUCAGAGGGUUCGUUUGGCUAGCUAUUCAGGGAAGGAUAGCGUCUAAUGCUCUUCGGUUUCAGAGGAAGGUGGCGGAGACGCCUUGCUGCCCGCGGUGCGAAGGUUGUACGGAAACAGCUCUCCAUAUUAUGCGUGAUUGCCCUCCUGCGUUAUAUUUUUGGUCCAGACAGGUACCUCAGGGGAAGCAGCAGGUUUUCUUCAGUGCCAACCAUGAUGAGUGGUUUCGCAGUAAUUUAUUGAGUACGGAGAGCACCAUUUCGGGGAUUAAUUGGCCAGGUUUCUUUAGUAUAUCUAUCUGGCUCCUUUGGAAGAACCGCACUACCGCUGCGUUCAAAGGCUUAGGGGCGGCUCUUACUGCUCCUUCUCUUAUGCAGUCCAUUAUAACCAAGAGUAGAAUUUGGAAUGAGUCGUGGCAGGCACCGGAGCUGUUCCUCAGUCAUAAAAAGCAGAAGGCAGAUCGGGUUGUGGCAGCAGUGGGGUGGACACCGCCAGCAGAAGGUUGGGUGAUGGUUAACACGGACGGGGCCUCAAACGGGAACCCGGGUCCGGCCGGAGCGGGCGGUGUCGUCCGGGAUUCUUUGGGUCACUGGUUGGGAGGGUUCGUCGCCAACAUCGGGAGUGCUACUGCCGCCUUAGCGGAGCUCUGGGCCAUCUUCUAUGGGUUAGAGCUGGUUUGGAAACUUGGUUUUCGGGUGGUGAAGAUUGCCACCGACUCGCAGCUUGCUAUUCAGUUGAUUCAGGAGCGGCAUGAUCCUAUUCAUCCUUAUGCCACCUUGUUGAGUCUCAUUCGGAGAAAGAUGGGCCAAGACUGGUUGGUUAGCCUGACUCAUACAUACCGAGAAGGGAAUAGAGUCGCGGACUGGCUCUCGAAGCACAGUCUCGUCUAUCCCUACGGUCUGCAUGAGUUGGCUGAUCCUCCUAUGAGCUUGGUUGCGAUUCUGCAGGAUGAUACGAGAGGAACUACUUUUGAUCGCAGUAUAGUGGCUAAUCAUCCCCCUCCUUCUUAA